GUUUCCCCGAGGAAAAACACGCCAAUGAAUAACAAAACAUACUAACACGAGCAAAUAAAACGUGAGCACACACGCGCACACGUUAAUAAAUCGUUCGUCGUACAGUAAAUGUGACGUGUGAAAAUCCUUUCCAGCCUCUGCGAGGCCAACUCCCUUUGGAGCGGAACAAGAACAAAGCUGAUAUUUGGUUGGAAAACAGGCUUUAAGUAAGAUCGGACCAAAUUAUUGGCAUAACUAAGAAAGAGAAGGUGACAUUUACAACGGAUUUUCGCAGUCGUAAAAAAAAGCAAACACAAGAAAAGUCUAGUAAGGUAGGAUACUGGAAAGUUCCCCCCUUCCACACUUUCCAAAAUGGGAACAGUACUGAGCUUUAGCCCGCGGGAGCGUCGACCCAUCUACUCGACGCACCACCACAGCGCCGGCACCCUGUCGUCCUCGAACUCGGCCGACUUUCCGCUCAACAACUACUCGUACGAGCAGCUGAACAAUGCGAAAAACCGCGAAAACGCGCAAUCGAAGCCGCCGAACCUGAUCCAAACGGUGCCUAACAACAACAACAACCAUAACAACAACCACAACAACAACCAUGGGGUGAACACGAUGAGCAAGGAUGACUGCAAGAACAAUAACAAUGGCGGAAGCGGCAACAACCACAGCGGCGGGGGUGGUGUGGGUGGUGGUGUUGGCGGUGGCGUCGGUGUCGGCGGUGGUAACCACAACAACAACCACAACAACAACCUGCUGAUGCUGCAGCAAACGCACCAGAACAACAUCAUGACCGGCAGUGCGAACAUCAACAACAUCAACAACAACAUUAGCGGCGGCAACAAUAACCACGGGCUCGGUGGUAACCUGAACGGCAACAGCAUACAGGAGCGGAACAACCACCACAACAAUAACAACAACAACAACAACAACGGGAAUGGCGGCAACAACGCGGACAGCGCACGCAUCCUCUCGGAGAAGAACGCGCUGGAGAAGAACCUGAAGAAGCACUCGCUGUUCAUCAACGCACUGUCGUGGAAGCGGCUGGCGGCGUCCCACGGCAAGAAGAAGCUGGACAACAACAAGAACAAGUCGGCCAACCUGACGACGGCGGCCAGCUUCCGGACGCCGCUCACCGACACGAUCCACCCGCUGCUGGACAAGAACAAGAACCUGCAGCAGUCGCAGUCGUUCACGCAGACGAUCAGCAGCCAACAGCUGCAGCAGCAGGCGCAGCAGCCGGCAACGAUCGUGCUGAGUCAGUCCGGUGCCGGUGGCGGUGGCAGCGGUGGCUCCGGCCUGGUGGGGUCCCACGGUUCCAGUGCGUCCAUCGGCGGGGGCAGCUCCGGCGCAAGCUCACAGCACCAUCAACAGCAGCAGCAACAUGGCCAGAUGGUGGUGGUUGCCCAGCAGCAGCAGCAACAGCAGGGCGUGUACUUUACCCCGGGCGGUCCGAAGGCCCUGCUGGCGCUGGAUCUCGUGCGGGCCAACAACACGAACCCGCUGUCGCAGCCGGACAAGCUGGCGCCGAAGUUGCCGCUGCAGUUGCCUCUUCCGCUGCAGCCGAUCGUCAACCAGCAGCAGGGUGGCCCGAUGCCCCAACAACUUCACCACGGACAUGGACCGCGGAAAACUGUCAUUCAGGCGUCCACCUCGGAGCUGUUGAAGUGCUUAGGAAUGUUCCUGCACGAUCGAUGCCGCAAACUGCGCGACUUCCAGGCCGGCGACGCUGUGAUGUGGCUGCGGGCGGUCGACCGAAGCUUACUGCUUCAGGGCUGGCAGGACGUUGCCUUCAUCAACCCGGCGAACGUGGUGUUCGUGUACAUGCUCGUCCGCGAGCUGGUCGACGGCGAGGAGACGAAGGAAGCGGAACUGCAAGCCGCCGUCCUCACCUGCCUGUACCUUUCCUACUCGUACAUGGGAAAUGAAAUAAGCUACCCGCUGAAACCGUUCCUAGUGGAGGACUCGAAGGACAAGUUCUGGGACAGAUGUUUGCUGAUCGUCAACCGGCUGUCGUCGAACAUGCUGCGCAUCAACGCCGAGCCGGGCUUCUUCACCGAAAUCUUCACCGAGCUGAAGGCGUGCGGCAUGAACGCGGCGAGCGCGAACGCCAGCGGCAACCUGCCGUGCGGUGCGGCUUGACGCACCACCCGCCAUCCACGCGAGGUCGUCGUCCGGCUCUCGAUUGCCGGCCAGCAGCAAAAGUACCAGCACGCCACCAGCGCCACCCUGCAGGAGCUGACCAGCGUCGUCUGAUGACGUACCGGUCCUGACGGCGGAUCCGGUCCUCCUCCUCUUCCGGCGAGCGCUUCGCACGAUCAACGGGACACACCGUUUCAACCGUGUCCUCCCACCACCACCACCACCACCACCAGCAACGGUACCUGCAUGGGUUACUACAGUCUGUGCAACUACUCGCCAACGAAUGGGAAGUGAGGCAGCACGGGAGAGGGGAGAAAAAACUAGAAAAACUAACCAAAAAAAAAGAAGAAAACAAACUCCUCAAAGUUUUGUUUACCGUAAAACGAUAUUUUGUAACACUGAAAUACUCAUCCCGGAAAACACACUGGUGGUGUUUCCAAAACAGUGCACUAGAAAACCAUUUCUUUUAAAGAUUUUAAGGACUAACAUUUAUCAUGAAAUGACAAUUAACUUUAAAUACCCUUAUUUUGUACUUUGUUUUUUAGUAUUUGCUUGCAAAACCAAUGAAUUCAGAUGUCGAAACUGGUGGUUCUACAAGAAGUUGAAAGUGUGAACCCUGGAGUGUUUAGGAAACGGGAGUAAACGGAUUAAGGAGGACGUAUCGUUUGACUGCUCAAAUAAGACAUCCCGAACAGAACAGUGAAAAAAGUGUCCUAAAAUAAAUGCAGCGCCACUAAA